UGCAGCUCGCCACGUUGGAAGACUUGACGGGUGGUUGCGGCUUGGCAAAUUCGCCACAUAAUAUUUUAUAUAAAGUCUCUGUUGACCGCAGUCUAAAUACGCCAAGAUGAAGAUCAAGGAGUUGCUGAAGAAUGUGAAUGUAGCAUGGUCCCCGCCAGCUCAACAUCCCAUCAUGCUGGCUACAGGGACAGCGGCACAACAAUUAGACGCAAGCUUUAGUACUUCUGCUAGUUUGGAUCUAUAUUCUCUGAAUCUUCAACAGCCAGGAUAUGAAAUGGAACUUAAAGCCAGUAUUCCCAGUGAUCAUAGAUUUCACAAGAUUGUUUGGGGACCCUAUGGAAAUAAACCUGCCGGUAUAAUUGUUGGAGGUUGUGACUAUGGCAUGAUAAAAAUUUAUUCUGCUUCAGCAAUGUUGGCCCAGGAAUCUAAUUGCAUGAUAAGCAGUUCUGACAGACACACUGGUCCUGUCAGAGCGAUGGAUUUCAAUCCUUUCCAAACUAAUCUAUUAGCUACAGGUGCUACGGAAAGUGAGAUUUAUAUUUGGGAUGUAGUUAAUACAAACACACCUAUGACACCUGGCUCCAGAAGUCAGCCAUUGGAAGAUGUCCAGUAUAUUGCUUGGAACAAACAAGUACAACAUAUUCUCGCGUCAACAUUUUCGCAAUGUUGUGUUAUAUGGGACUUGAGAAAAAAUGAGCCAAUAAUCAGACUGACAGAUGCAAAUUCAAGGGUGCGCUGGAAGGUUGUUCAAUGGCAUCCUGAUGUUGCAACACAACUGUGCUUAGCAUCGGAAGAUGACCAGUCUCCUAUCAUUGAAUUAUGGGAUUUAAGAUUUGCGAUGUCUCCUCUGAAGACAUUACAGAAUCAUCAACGUGGUGUUCUUUCAAUUGCAUGGAAUCCGCACGAUUCUGAUCUACUUUUGAGUUGUGCCAAAGAUAACAGAAUUCUGUGCUGGAAUCCUAACUCAGAUGCACCGAAUGGUGAGGUGAUAUGUGAGUUGGCGCAAACGAAACAAUGGAACUUUGAUGUGUCUUGGUGUCCAAGACAUCCAGGAUUAAUUGCUAGCAGCAGUUUUGACGGUUAUGCUGUCAUCUACUCCUUAUUAGGCGGACAACAACAAACCUCUAUGGGGACAUCCAGCAAAAUAGUAGAUUCGUUUCCAGGAAUGGAUCCUUUUACUCAGCUUCCGCCUACGGUACAAACUGAAAAAACAGCAAUAUUGACGAAAGCUCCCAAAUGGUUAAAGAGGCCAUUCGGAGCAUCAUUCGGAUUUGGUGGUAAAUUAGUGAUUUUCGAGAACUUACCUGCCGAUCCGAAUUUACCAGCAAACUCAAACAGAAAAGUUAUUAUAUCGCAAGUAAUCACACAACCCAGUCUUAUUCAACGUUCCGAUAACUUAGAAGCAACAUUGAAAACUGAACAAUAUAGUGAUUAUUGUAAAGGAAAGAUAGACAGGUCUCAGGAUGAUCAUACCAAGAAGAUCUGGAGCUGCGUUUGUGCAUAUUUUGGUGAAAACGUGACGAAGAAUAUAUUGGAAUUAUUGGGCUACGAUAUUGACGCAAUGAAUAACAAACUGAAUCAGUAUGUACCUCAGGAUGAUGUAAACAGUAUUACAGAAGGCGUGUCUAAUCUCAAUAAUGUGCUGAACGGGAAUGUUUUAGACGGCAGUGCUGCAUUUGAAGCUAUUGCGCAAGAACAUCUUAAGAAAGUGGUAAGCAAACCUACGGACAGUACUUACAUCAUCAAUACUUCCGAUGAUGAGGAUGGCCUUAUCACUCAAGCCGUCCUCUUAGGGAACAUCGAAGCAGCCGUAUCUUUGUGCUUUGACAACAAAAGGUACGCCGACGCCAUCAUCCUCUCGAUGGCCGCUGGCCCCGAACUACUAGCACGCACCCAGUACAGAUACUUCUCAGAACAUUCCGGUCCAUUAAAUUCUCUCAUUAAUUCAUUAGUUAGUGAGAAUUGGACAGAGGUUGUCAAGAACAGUGCCCUUCGCUGUUGGAGAGAGGUAUUGGUUGGCAUAUUUACACAUUCCAAUGCGCAAGAACGACCUGCUUUAUGCGAUAUGCUCGGCGAUCGUUUGGCUUCGAGUGGGCACAACCUAAAAAAUCAAGCGCAAAUCUGUUACAUUUGCUCCGGCAAUUUGAAUAAGCUGAUCGAAGUGUCCGACACGGAUAUUCAAGAAGUGGUGGAGUUGGUAGUGAUAAUGCAGAAGGCUUUGGAGUUCCAAGGUAUCAGAGAGAUUCGGAUAGAGGAUAAAAUCGCUGCUGUACUGUCCGAGUACGCGGAGAUGCUUGCGGCGGAGGGCAAUUUAGAAGCCGCCUUGAAUUAUCUCGGGAACAGCCAGGAGCAGAGGAUUUCGAUGCUGAGGGACCGCCUGUGCAGAGCUUUGGGCUAUGUACAAGAACAGAGACAUGUCGCGAAACCCACGACCCAGAACUACUACGACCGAAAAUUGUCGCAGGGCUCGCACAACGCAUACAGUUCGCAGCUGCAGCAACCAUUGCAGCAGCAACAGCAGCAGCAGCAACAACAACAGCAUAUAGCACCGGUGCAGAACUGGAACACGACUCCGCUGAAGCAGACUUACGGGUCCACCACGAGUCAAUUUACGGCCCAGCCGUCUCAACCAUACGGAAUGCCACCGCCUCUCCCUCAGCCUCAGGCGCAGUCCACGAUGUACGAUCAAUAUCCCACAUCGCAUCCUUACAAUCAGAUCCCAGCGGCUCAGCUCCCACCACCGCCUCCGCCUACGUCGGGUUCCAGUCUGAGCGGCUCGAGACCGUCCAGUGUCGGACCUCAGUCGAGAUCGAAGUAUCUGAUAGAUCCGUCGGUGAAGUCCACACCUUCGUACGGCCAGAGCAGCUUCCCGCCGCAGAAUCAGUUUUACAAUCCUCAGCAAGUCCCACCCGUUCCCGGUUACCUUCCGCAAAAUCCCUAUCAACCUCAAGUCCCUAUGCCAGGCGCCGCUUAUCCUCCCAGCCAGCCGCCAAGUUUCACGAACACCCCUAAGGAACCCGAGCCCUACAAGCCGCUUCAGCCGAACACGUCGCCGUUGCAAAGUACGCCCCAGACCCAGAUGUACGAGCCUGCCAGAUCCCAGCCACCUCCGCCAACGCAAGCGUACGGGAACGAGAAUAUGUACCAGUUCCCGCCGCAAUCGUCCGGAUGGAACGAUCCGCCGAUCGGGAAAAGUUCUAGAGUACAGCCAGUACUUGCACUAUACGAAAAAAACGAAAUGUCUGCGGAACACGCUGGUACCAGGAAGUGGAAGGCGAAGCACUCGAAAGAUACAGGCGUCAAGCCGAAAACGGAAUUUCAAACUCAGAAUCCAAUUAUGCAUCCGUUGAGAAGUAGUCAGCCAGAACCGAAUUUGUUAGCUCAAGACAAUUUCUAUCAAGAUCCUCACGCAUCUUAUAAUCUGCAAUACGGGCAAAACGUGCCGGCCACUGCACCAUUCAACAAACCGAUGGAAUCGCUACCACCUGUGAUGCCUGCGAGGGUGGCCGAACCUGAGAAACCUAAAGCACCUAUUCCCGAGCAACACGUGCAUUUAAAAACGAUAUUGGACGAAUUGAAAAAUCAGUGCUAUGAAAGCGCGAAGAAUCCGCAAAUCAAAAGGAAACUAGAAGAUGUGUCGAAGAAGCUGGAGGUGCUAUAUGAUUGCCUUAGAGAAAAUAAGUUAUCUCAAAAUACUCUGCAAGGAUUGCAUCAAAUAUCACAGAUGAUUCAAAGUGGCAAUUAUACAGGAGGAUUAGAAUUACACACGCAAUUGGUAUCAGGACCAGAUUUUAGUCAAAUAGCUUCCUUUAUGCCCGGGAUUAAAGUAUUACUUCUAAGUGCCCUUCAAUUGAGCGUUUACAUCAGAUAGAAUGCUCAAGGAUCAUAUACUAAGUUGUUUAUAUGUACUCAUUAUGAAUUUUUUUGUAAUUCUAAACAGCCUUAACAAGAGAGUUAUUUGUGCUACAUUAACUUUAUAUAACAAUCAGUAUAUGAUAUAUACAUAAAAUAGUCAUAAUGUAGUAUAUAAUUAUAUCCAUGAUUAAUCUCCUGUGUUAUUUAGAUCUCUUUACAUGUCGUCACUCGCGUUUAAUAGUAUAAACUGAGAGAUAUGCCGAAAACUCCUUUCCUUUAAUUCCUUUAAUUGUUCUUUGCUAAUGCACAUCAAUGUACACGUAUUCUAAUUAAGAUUUAUAGUAAUUUUAACGAAUCUAUUUACGUUAUCUAUUUAUCUUUUGAUUAAAGCUAUCACAAAUUUCCCCUCUUUAAAAAGGAGAACCUUCGGCUUAUCUUACAAAUUUAUUCUAUCAAAGUACAAGUAGUGGCAUGCAAGAGAACUAACUUAUUUCAUGUACUGUGAGGAUAAAUCACAUAU